UUACAAUAUCCCUCUGCAAAGAAUUUCAGCGCGCAUUUUCUUUUGAAGGCAGUUUCUGUUUUAGAAGUAAGAAUGCCGCCAAAGCGUGCUAAAAAGGCUGCCCCUAAACGUUCGCCGCCAGAAAGCGAGGAGUCCAAAGCGCUGGAUCCUACUAAUCCAGUGCUUUACAUUGAGCAUUGCCGCUCGUGACGAGUUUUUCGUCGUCGCGCCGAGGAGCUGCAUUCCGCACUGCUAAGUAAAAUUCAAGCAGCAGGCCAGCCAUUUCAGCUCCAAUUGCAACUGAAUGCCCAAGGAGCUCCAAGACGCGGCGCAUUUGAGUUGUCCUUCGCCCCCCAUCCCACAACAAAUGCCAAUGAGCAGCGUCCGAUUUGGUCCGGUCUAAAACGCACACCGCGCGCCCAAAAGUUUCCCAAUGUCGAUGAAAUGUAUCAGCAAAUAGUGCAGGCAUUCAACGACCUGUCGCAAAAGCAAAACAAACGCAAGCGCACAGCGCAAUCCUCAACGCCAUCGCCAACAUCCACGCACACACUGCCAAAACGCAGCAAGGCUGCAAACGCUGAUGCGGCAUCCAAUUCCAAAGCCAGCAAAUCGGCAAAUCUGUAAGCAGCCAUACAUCAACAGAGUUGGCGUCGAUAGUUUUUCAGCAAUAGCGCCAUAUGAUCAUUAAACGGUAAAACCCUAACGGGAGCCGUUCACUGUGAAACUUUUGCCUGUAAGCUGAAGAAUUUCUGACGUCAUCUCUCUCUCUCUCUCUCACUGCUCACUUCAACACGUUACGGUAAAUAAAGGAAAUGAUCAUUAAUUGUUGAUUCUGUUGUCGCAUAAAAUUUAUACAUAAAAAUAUAUAUUGUGUUCUCAAAUAAUGUUUGUAUGUGGGAUUCGAAUAGACAAAACAAUAUAGAGAUCGGUUGAAAAUUGCUUUAUAA